CGGACCUUUCAGACGAUGCGCUAUGAGAGCACUGCCCGUACGGAGGCCCCCGAGACAGCAGAGUAUGCAGCACGGAUGAUUGAGCUUGCCGAGACUGGUAUGAGAUAGGGACAUGACUUUGAGCGUCUUCAUGAGUGUGUUCCCGGUGCCCCACCUCGGGCAGCAGGUGGUCGUGGUCGCCGAGGAGCUGGUGGCCGUCGCAGAGGUGGUAGGGCUGGCAGAGGUGAUGAGGCUCCGUCGGCUUCAGAGAUCCCGCCGAGUUCUUACCGGCCGUCGACUACAGAUAUCCCAUCGACUUCUUCUUCCCGGCCGUCGACUUCACAGACACCUCUGUAUACGCCGGACCCUUUUUCAGAUUAUGUGCCCUGGCCUUUAGUUCCACAUCUACCAGUUCAUGAUCCACAGGGUGAGCGGCCGGUUCGUGAUCUACAGGGUGGCCUACAUCUGGAUUUCGACGACGCCAUGUUCGAGGACUUCGUGUUUGAUACGGCACCAUCUGCAUAUUUUGCUCCGGGGGCCGCUCAGGAGCCCUCUCAUCAGGCAUCUCAGGAGGCCGUCGACACACAGGUUCAUUCUUCUACGCCUGUGGACCCAUCUCCUGCUCUAUCUCCUGCUUCGGGGCCCACUCAGGAGACCGUUGAGGAGCCAUCUCAGGAGCCCUCUCACCAGGCAUCUCAGGAGGCCGUCGACACACAGGUUCAUUCCUCUGCGCCUGUGGACGGGUCUCCUGAUGAGAUUGACGAGGAAGCAUGUUAUGAACCACUCCUACCGCCCACCGUCAUCUCCCAUAGGAAGCAUGUUAUGAACCGAGGUUCGGAUCGAAAGAAGUGAAGGAAGGGAAGUAAGGAUGAUCAUGCCAUAGAACAUGUACAGAUUAAGAGGAGGAAGGGGGAUGGAGAUGAUGGUGGUGGUGGUGGGGUUAGCCUUAGGCCUAGCCGUACUCUA